CCUGUUUCCAGUGCCCCGGCAUCUGCCGUAGUAGUCACACGUGGAUUCUGUGACGCUCCUCCGCGCGCGAGUGAUGAUUAUUACGAUGUUAAGUGACAAAAAUAAUGCAAAGUGUUUUUAGUGGGUGCUAUAGUCUUGUGUUCAUUCUGUCUGGUCCCUAAUUGAUUUACACCGCUAAAAUGUUAACCAUGCAGCGGCUGCUUAGCAUCACACUCAUCACCACAAUGGCGGCUGACCACAUCUACUCCCAAGAAGAGCGUGAACACCAGGGACCCAGGACCUGCGGCGGCAACCUCAAAGGCUCCGUGGGGGUCAUCCAAACCCCCAAUUUCCCCAACCCCUUCCCCGUCCCCAUCAAGUGCCGUUGGAUUAUAGAACACGACAUGCCAAACGGGACCAUAUCAAUAUAUUUCACUCAACAGUAUACUACUAGUGGUCUGACGUUUACUGAGUACAUGUAUUACGAUGACUCGUACAAAUUGGGGGAGAGGAGGGCGUUGACUGUGACCGAGGAAAACAUCACGAGGGUGAAAUGGCUUCAGGUACAAAGCCCAGUGCUGGUAGUGGAGCUGACGCUGAACAGACUGGAGGGCACACAACUGAGGGCGCUAGGGCUGCUCUCAGUAUUCGGCUUCAACAUGACCUACGCUGUGAGGGCCCCUACGGACGAUCCGGGCCCCAAUUCCUGCAGCGCUAUCGAAUGCCGAUUAUUGGGACACUGCUACGCUAGACACGAUUAUAAGCAGUUCGAAUGCGCGUGUUUCGAGGGAUAUUCCGGACCGGAUUGUGGAGUCGGCCCCCUGUGUCCCCGAACCUCCAAUAUGUGCAAAAAUGGCGGCACUUGCAGGCAGAUGGGCCCAGCCGCGGUGAGCUGCGUGUGCGCACCUGGGUACACCGGGGACCUAUGUGAAGCGCAGAUUGCAGAACCUGAAUGCGGCAUUGAGGAGUGCUCUGACGGCUGUACGAGUGCCGUGUGUGAUUGUACUCCGAGGGACACUGAUUUUACGUCAGCGCGCUUCGAAACUAGACUGCAGAUUGGGGACCAACCGAAUGCGAACAUAUCACAGGAAAUCAUUAAACAGAUAACAAGCUAUUUAAGGGCAUCCAAUAUAAGUUUGGAAGAUGAUGUUGAAGUACUUAAUAUAAGCUCUCCCGACCUGAACAAUGCCCGGUCAGUGUGGCUGCGGCUGUGGGGCGCCCGCCGGGACGCGGGCACGCUGCGAGCUGCGCUUGCGCGUCUGGCCGCCACUCGCGCGCGCGCAGACCGCUUGCGAAUACUGCCGGCGACGCAACACUUUUAUAUGCAGCCAGCACUAAGUUUACAGGCCGUAGUGGUAAACCAACGUCCAGAAGUAUGGGAAGGGUCAGAGUUCAUCCUGAGUUGUAUGGCAUACGGAUCCCCCGACAUCGUCUUCACGUGGUACAAGGACGGGGUCAAGGUCAACUUCAACGGGACCACCAGGGACAUCUGGACCCGCACUGUCGCAGAAGACGCCUUAGGCCGUCGGAUGUCAGUCCUGGGGAUAUCCGAAGCUAAAAGACCAGACAGUGGAAAGUGGUCAUGCGCAGCUGAAGAUGCGGGGAGAAGACGGUGUAGAGCACUGAGGCUAGCUAUAUUGAGGCCGCCUGAUAUUCGUCUAGUGCCGUCGACUUUGACUGUCAGUAAGGGAGACAACGUGAGCAUCACUUGCUUGGCUGGUGCUGGUCGUGUUCAUGGAGCAUUGGGGUUUAGUUGGGCUCGGGAGAGAACCCUCUUACCUCUCGCCCCGGGCCGGGAGGUUUGGGAGGACUUGUAUCCGGCUGGCAGUGUGCUCAAACUUUAUAAUGUACAGAAAUCCGGCGAAUUCCGCUGUCAAGUUUCAUCCGUGGCCGGCACCAACGCCAAAGGGGUCACCAUGUGGGCCCUGGGGGCCACAGAUGAGGCUUGUCAGGCUGAUUCUUCCCAUGGACUGCGCUGGCCAAAAACUGCUCCAGGCGCCCAUGCCUCCGCGGCUUGUCCCCCUGGUCAUACUGGGGAAACCACCAGAUUCUGCGAACCAAAGACCGGACAGCAUGGAGUUAAGUGGAUGAUACCGGAUUUUUCCGGUUGCAUUGCUGAUUCUCUUAGGGAUAUUUAUGAACAGUUCAGCCGCAUCUGGUACGGGUAUUCCUGGGGCAACGUGUCCCACGUGGCCCGGCAGUACGGGGGGGUGCUGCACUCCCUCCCCCCUCACCCCGGAGAGGGCAGCCUGCCUCUCCAGCACUCCCGGCAGAUGAUGCACUACCUCCUAUCUCCCGCGGGAAAGCCCAAAGACCGGGAGGAGUCGACGGAAUAUCUUCUAAGUAUAUACGAUACGUUACUGAAGCAUCCUGAUACGUUUUUGGAUGAAGAGAAAAUCUACGACCUCCAAAAUGCAGCAGCUGACACAGCUACUAUGAAAAAUAAUUUGGAUCUUCGACUGCAUCAGUUUGCGGUGAAGACGAAACCAGUGAGGGACGAUAAUGCAGCUCAUUUUGAUUUGUUGGGGGGUGGAGCAGGGUCAGAAGAGUGGCAGCUCACGUCAGUGGGGGUGGAACUGCUGGGGAGAACGGGAAAUGCAUCGGUGGUGGUGGUGCAGUACCACAACUUGGCUGCGAGGCUUCCGUCAUUGAGGAGGUCCAUAGAAUUCAACGCGCCAUCUUCCAGGACCGGCCGGGAGAUGGAAUACGUCAUAGCUUCACAGCAACUCCAGGUGGCAGCGAGAGGCCCGGGAGUUGAGGCAGCCAUGCAUACGGUCACCAUACUCUUCACGCAUAUCAAGAAUUAUAGUGCUGUUGCAUCAAAGCUAGCCUGCGGGCUGCGCACAUCAUCGGAACCCCGCUCGUGGUCCACCAAGGCGUGCGAAGUCCGCGUGCCGGAGCCCACGCACGUGGCCUGCCGCUGUCGAGGACUCGGCACUUACGCGCUCUUCACCAUCGAAAGAUCCACCCUGACAGAUGUAGAGAAAGACCUUCGGGGCGUAGUCAAAAUAACAGCGAGCGUUGGUGGUGCCAUGUGCUUAGCAGCCGCCGUUCUGCAACUCCUGGGCUUGGUGCCCGGGAGGAAACCAAGGUUGCCAAUUCUGCUGAAGGCCGCGACUGCUGGGGCGCAUUCGGCGGCUAUUCUGGCUUUACUGGAAUGUGAUACGAGACAGGAGGAAGCAUGUCCAGGAGCUUUAGGUUGGAUUUGCGCGGCGUGCUGGUGCGCAGGCUGCGCCGCGCUGUGUGCGCAGCCGCUGCUGCUGCAAGCAGAGCUGGCUGGGCGAACGCAGGGAGCCCCUUCUGUAGGCCUUUUAGCAGGAGUGUGUACUCUCGCCUGGCUGUCCGCCCGGCUGUGGGGCGGGGCUCCCCUGCAGCUGGGCGCGGCGGCGGCGGCCGUGUGUGCGGCGGGCUGCGCGCUGCUGGCGUCGCUGUGUCUGGCGCUCGCGCUGUGCGCCGCCGCGCGGCUCAGGACCAUCACGCACAAAGUGCCGCCCGAGAGGAGGAACUACCUUAAAGACAGGAGGCGCGUGGUGCGGCACACGCUGGUGCUGCUGGCGACGACGAGCGCGGCGCAGGCGGCGGGGCUCGCGUACGCGCAGCCCGGCCCGCGCCGCGUGCCGCUCGUCGCCGCGCUCUCCGCCGCCGCGCUCGCCAACGGUGUGGCGAUGCUGGUGUGCUACGUGCUGCGCGACGAGGAGUGCCUGCGCUCGGCGAGGAGGGUGCUGUCGCUGCCGCACAGGGACUGGCACGAGUCGCGCGCUGGAGACACCUCGCUUAGUUUAUACAUAAAGCAAGGGGGAGAGGUAGAAAGCCGAGGGGGUGUGGGGAUAGAGUCGUCAUCAUCCCCCGUGUCUCCCGUCACGUCCUACUGGAGGGCGCCGGGGCUAGAGAGCCCGGCCAGGAUUCAUCGAAGACAAUCAACCCCCGACAGCAGAGCAGACAUCGUGCGCUGCGUGGAAUACAAAGACUCCAUGAUGAGUCCGCACCGCUACGACCACCACCUGACGACACACGCGGUCUGUGACCUCAUUCCCCGACCCCCCUCCCAGCCCGAAUACAUGGCGCGGGUCUGCCUAGAACUAGGAGUCCUCAACACCCCGCCCCGAGAAACACCCGCACCCCUCCUCACCUGCUCCGUAGACUUCGAACCUUACACAGAGAAACACACGCAACCCAAAGAACCCUGCACUCUAUGCGUCCAAUCCAACCCAGACGUCUCCAAAAUCCCCUCCCCGCCCAUCAAAAGCUGCCUCAAAAAAAGCAAAAACCCAGACUUCUCAUCCAGCACCUCCUUACCGUCCGUCGAAAUCAAAGAGGAACCAAAAAAAUCCGACAUCGACCAAGUGAACCGCGAAUGGAACAAAGCGUACGAUUCUCCAGACACUGAUAAAAUGCUUAAUAAAAUAUCCAGCGAUCUGGAUUUUCUUCUUAACCGGACUCAAGACAGUAAAAGCGCUAUACUCGACCAAAUCGAAGAAGCGCCCACUUAGGAGUGAUUAUUAGUGAAGUGAUAGUAUUUUGUAAGCAAACGAAUAACAUGGAAACAGGGGUGCCACAAGCCAAACCUUAGUUAGUGAAAUUGUAAAUAUUUAAUGUUUUUGUAAGAAUGUAUAAAGUUGUAUUAUAUUUUAUUUUUGAAAACGAAGAAAACAAAAUACGACUGUAAAUACUGAAAUGUAGGAACGUUACCUUACAUAAGAAUUAAAUUAAAUCGUCAUAAUCUAAGUUUAAGUGAUUAUGGAUUGGAUAUUUAUCAAAAACUACUUACACCAAAGAUACUUGAAAGAUUUAUCAUUUAAGUAUACAUAAUAAUUACUUUUAAAUCUUAGGACUACUCGAAAUAAUAUUGAGUAUGUGCAAUAUUUACAUCACGUUUAGGAAUAAGAAUAAUUUCUUAACAUUCUCCUUUAUAUAGUUUUAUUUGAAGAACUAAAGAUUUAUUACUCCUAUUAUACGACCAAAAGCCGCUAGGGUCUCCGUUAUUAAUGUUUUUUAAAUGAUAUUUUAGAUUACUUUUUUGUUACCGAUACAUAUUUCUAUAUACUAGAUACAUCGUUUUAUUGUUUUAAACACCCAUCGAAUCACAAUAGGCAAUAGGUACGUGUGAAAAUGUGAUAUUAUUUCUACAUAUUAUUUAAAUCCAUUUCAAAUGUAAUAUUCCUAAAUAGUUAUAUCCUAUUAAAUCAUUUUACGUACCUGUACUGUAAAACUUUAAAACUAAAGAUCUACAAAAUAUUUUAUUUGAAAUGACAAUUCAUAGUGAUAUUAAUUUAGUCCUUAAGUACAAAAUAGUAAUAUUUAAUUUAGUUUUGUAUUCUAUCUGUUGACACGUUUUCCCACGAAAUUAUUAUAUUUUCAGCGGGCUGCGCGUGGGGCCCUUCUAAAUCUAUGGUUUUCAGUGUCCAUGUCGACGGAUGUGUUAUUUUAUAAAAUUAUUUACUAAAAUUUUUAUAAAUCAACAGACCUCAAAAGCCAUAAAAACUGUUUACAUAGCAACCUCUGUAGGCCAAUUAAAUAUAUUUUAUUUGUACUUCAGAACAAUUUUAGGUAAAUUAAAAUAAUGUUACGGCCGAUAGUAAAUAAAUUGUAAAUACUAAGUUUAAGAUAUUUAAAACUAAUUAUAUUUUACGUUAAAUCGGGUACAAUAUAUUUUUAUUUAAAUUAAAUUUUUUACUAUUGA